CCAGAAUUCAGUGCGUGACUUUCAGUUCCGGGGUCGGUGACCACCAGCCUGCUGUCAGCAGGAGAAAGGUUAAUGCGUGUGUGGAUGUAGUGUCUGUGGAGCGCUGUGAUGCCCCUGGAGGUCAGAUGGCCGUUCCCACAAUGCCCUGCUCUGGCAUGGAGGAUCUCCAGCUCACUGAUCAUGGGGAUGGUGGGCUCAUAUUCCUACUUCUGGACCAAGUACAUGAACUACUUGACGGUCCACAACCAGGAGGUUCUGUUGGACCUGAUUGACCAGAGGCCCUCCGACAGACCCCUCAUCACGCUGUCCAAUCACCAGUCUUGUAUGGAUGACCCGCACAUCUGGGGUGUGCUAAAGCUCAGACAGCUGUGGACCUAUAACAAGAUGCGAUGGACUCCUACAGCGUCUGACAUCUGUUUCACAAAAGAGCUGCAUUCAAGGUUCUUCAGCCGUGGAAAGUGUGUCCCUGUCUGCAGAGGUGACGGUGUUUACCAGAAAGGCAUGGAUUUUAUUGUGGAAAAAUUAAACGGAGGAGAAUGGGUGCACAUUUUUCCAGAAGGCAAAGUCAACUUAACUGAAGAAUGUAUUCGGUUAAAAUGGGGUGUCGGUCGGCUAAUAGCAGAGUGCUCUCUUAAUCCGAUCAUCCUGCCGCUCUGGCAUGUGGGUUUGAGUGACGUUCUGCCAAACGCAAAGCCCUACGUUCCUCGCACUGGCAAGAGAAUCACAGUCCUGGUGGGGAAACCGUUCAGUCUGAAAGACCUGGUUGAAUCCCUCCGAGCCGAAAACAAGAGCCAGAUGGAAAUGCGGAAAGUCUUGACUGAUUUCAUCCAGGGGGAGUUUCUGGGCCUGAAAGCCCAGGCCGAGGCCCUCCAUGGGCAGAUGCAGAUCAAAUCCUGAGUCCCCGCCGUCCCGCCUGCGACAAUAACGAUGAUCCUUUACCCUGAAACUGAGGGUAAAAACUUUACUACUGGAAGUUCAACCUCCCACCAUCCACUUCCCUUUUCUCCACUGGAGCACACACACCUCCACACUGGGACGUCAUCGAGUCGUCACAAUCCUCUGAACAUGUUGGGCACGUUUCUUGCGGCGUUGUGGGAUUAUGAUCUCUAUCGGUGGAAAAACUGAGGAGUCAUUUCCAAAUAAUGCUGAUGCAACAAAAACUCCUUUUGUUAAUGUUUAAAAGCAGGUGUCAUGUUUUUAUUUAAUAUAGAAAAUGCAUCAUUUGGUUCCUGGGAUGGGUUCUGAGCCGCUGCCACCCAAAACAGGGUGGACAGGUUGGAAAAUAGAAGUUACUUGAAUUUCAACCAAUCGACGCUGUGCGACCUCGACGCAGCCCGUCACUGAAUCGGUCGAAAGCAAUGAAAUAUCUUGAAUGUUUGUAGCUUCGUUUGAGCAUGAAGUAUCGUUAGUGUUACUUAUGGUGAUUUUAACUGCUCAGCUGGGUUUUCAUUUACUUUCCCAGCGGUACCAUCAUCUUGUACGUGCAGUGCCAAUGCAGGAAGUAGUUUCUUUAUGUGUUCAGGUGCAAAAUAAUGGUGUGGACAGCAGAAGCAUGCGGCAGGCCGGAGUCACUGAUCUGCUAUUAAUGUUUGCAUUUCUUAUUUGCUGUCACCGUGAUCUUUCCCUGACCUUAAGGUUUCAGUCUCCCACACACAUACAGGUGAUAACAGCAAGUGUGGUUCAAUACUACAUCAAACACUCGUGAGCAGCUACCCUUUUACCAGAAAUACAACAAGAGAAACGGGGGUAUACGUUUACAGCGCAGCCAAAUAAACUCAGGUUUAAAUAAAGAAAUCAGCCAAUAAUCUGCAUGUUUCCAUCGUGCUUUGAGCAACAGCCUUCUGAUUUCAUGCGGCACACGGCACCGGUGGUUUCCCCUCACAGAUCUUCAUCACGAUGGCUGCUGCUUCUGGUGCCAAUGCUCCGCAUAUCUGAAAAACGUUAGCUGUUAAACAUUUUCUUAGGCUGCUUUACAAUAAAAGCCAUCCUGUGUUUUGCCAGUUGAAUGCUUUUAAUUUGAAGCAGCAGAAGGAAAUGUUGUGUUAGAAUGAGCAGUAACUUAAUCCAUGUCUGAUACAGCUGCAGGGGAGUUAACAGGGAAGUCUAGAAGUGGAGUAAACGCUGCAUCCCGGGAAUUACUCCAGUUUAGGAAGGCAAUUUAAAUCCAGCACAGGAAUGGCGGACCCUGCCACUAACAAACGACUAGAAA